CUCCCUUCUGCUCCUACGUGGCUGUUUGGGAACGCCGUGGAGUGGUCCCUGUCUGCCCACAACAGCAGCUGGGAUUCUGGAGGAACUCCGCGCUCCGAGCCUCCCUUCAAACCCGCCUGGAUGGCAGGGACACUCUGGAGCACAGACUGUUGGAACCACAAGCUUUACUGUUUACGUUUUGGACCGUGGGACGGAUGAACGGUGGACGCUGCUGGAGGCCCAGCUGGGCUGUAGCUGCUCUGUUAGCCCUCGUUACCCUGCUGCUGCUGACCUUAAGGGGGGUGUCAAGCAUCCAGAAGAUGACACAGACCUCCAUGGCUCAUGCCACAGCUGCAGCUGCAGGACCAGGACCCUGUCUGACAGAUGACCUCCCAGGCCUUCAGGCAGUAGCAGACUUUUUAACCAGUGAGCUCACACACGUUUGGAUCCUGUCCCUGGUGGGCUCUGUUGCUGUAGGCCUCAGUGGGAUUUUCCCCCUGCUUGUUAUUCCCAUUGAAGCUGGAGCGGCCCUCAAAACGGAAGCUGGUUGCCAGAAGCUGAAGCAGCUUUUAAGCUUUGCUACUGGCGGUCUCCUUGGUGAUGUUUUCCUGCACCUCCUUCCUGAGGCGUGGGCGCUCUCUGGCUCUACAGCUUGUAAACAGAACCACUAUGUGACCCAGGGCUUGUGGGUAAUCAUUGGCCUGUUUUCCUUCCUUCUACUGGAGAAAAUGUUCCCAGACCACGAAAGCCUGGAAGAUGCCUCCUCGGAUUCAGACCUCAACUCUAACCUUUCUAUGCAGUCUAAUUCAGAGUUAAGUGUAAAAGCAGACGUGUCGCUCCUAAACGGACACUGUGAUGAGUCAUGGAAGUCUUCUAAACAGCAGCGUCUGCAGGACAGGGCCGAGAAAAUAAAGACAAGUGGAUACCUUAAUCUACUGGCCAACUGCAUUGACAACUUCACCCAUGGUCUGGCGGUAGCUGGGAGUUUCUUGGUUAGCAAGAAGGUAGGGUUCCUCACCACCUUUGCCAUCCUGCUCCAUGAAAUCCCCCACGAGGUGGGGGACUUUGCCAUCCUCCUGAGGGCAGGGUUCGAUCGCUGGAGCGCUGCCCGCAUGCAGCUGUCGACGGCUCUGGUUGGAGUCUUGGGAGCUUGUUUCGCCCUGUGUGCUCAGUCACCUAAAGGCACAGAAAAUGCCACCAGCUGGAUUUUGCCUUUCACUGCUGGAGGCUUCCUUUACAUAGCCCUGGUGAACGUCGUCCCUGAGCUGCUCCAGGAGUCCAGUUUAAGACAUUCCUUACUGCAGAUCCUGCUCAUUUCCUGCGGCGUGGCGAUCAUGGCGUUGCUCUCAGCUAUUGUUGACUGAACGUGGAGGAAAACGCUCGCCUCGCCUAAACAAACACUCGCCCUCUACGCCGCCUUGGCGUUCCUCAUUCCUGGAAGCAUUAUCCUGAUUCCGAGACUUUAUCUCUGACUCUGAUGAAGACGACGGUGUGGACGUGUUCAGAACGUAGAGUUCUGAUUUUUGGAAAUCUGUUACAGAUUUGUCUUUCAGACAAUCACAAAGCUUUGCACACAUUUACACACAGGUACACCUAGAUGUACAUGAAGACAUGUUUUAGCAGGUAUGGCUCUACACACGGACCGCCAUCUUGUAUUCAACUAGAACUUUGUAAAGAUUAUUUUAUUGAACCAAAUUGUUAUGCAGCUUUAUUCUAUUUAUUGACAGUAAAAACCAUUUAAUCACCUCCAGUUAUUUUUUUUAAAGGUGUGUUAAAAAAUAUAAAGAAGUUGAAAUAUUGUCACUUUGAACUAAAGUCUCUUAUCUUUACGUCUUUCACACCUUUUGGAACCUCUCGAGCAAAAGUUGGUGCUCUUUAACCCUCCCACUGUCCUAAAGGGUGACCCCGCGAGGAAAGUUGACCAUUGAGCAGGGUUGAUGGUUUAUCCCUUGGGUCCAUGUGGCAGGAGUGAGGAGUGAGCAUCACCUCACCCCCGCCAUGUGGACCUCAAGGGAUAAACCAUCAAUCCUGCUCAAUGGUCAACUUUCCUCGCGGGGUCACCCUUUAGGACAGUGGGAGGGUUGAGGUGAUGCUGAAGAAACGAUCAAGUAAAAGCUAAGUUUGGGAUUAAAGCAACACCAUAAACAGAUCAUUUAUGGCAUGUAGAAUAAACUCAGUUUUAAUAAAUCUGUAUGAAAAUCAGAUUUUUUAUUUAA